AUGGGUGACGAUGUCGCCAGUCAGAUGCAGGACGCACCGUUUCCUCUCACAGACGUCGACAAGCGGGUGCUUUCACAGACAGAUGAGGAGUUUAAAAAGCACAGCUGGGAAGAUUUGAAGCAAAUAAUCGAAGCCAACGACCUCUCUGUGCUGAAACGCGUCCCCUCGGAUCUGAGGCGCUACAUAAAAUGGACGGCCGAGACCAAAGCCCGGUACGGCAGCAUGACAAAUUAUCUCCUCGCCAAUCGACUUCCCACGACGUGGGGGCAGCCGCCAUUCACGCCGGAGUCUGAUGUCCCCUUCGACCAGGCGUCGGACUACAAGGUCCUCUUGAAUGACUGGCCGUAUGGGCUUGAGCCCAACGUCACGCAUCUCGUGGUGUGGACGCGUACGUUUAUUGCGACGGACGGCGAUAGGGGCGACAUGACGCCGGAGAGCAGAGCUUUGGUGGAGGCCUUUGUGAAGAGAUAUUUUGUUGAUUCCUUGGGCGAAGAGGGCAAGGACAAGGUCCUCUGGUUCAAGAAUUGGGUUGCGCUGCAGAGCGUGAGGGCGCUAGAACAUAUUCAUGUCUUGGUCAGGGAUGUGGACGAUGAUAUGUUGGAGCGGUGGUCUGGGGAGAGGCCGAAGCGAAAUAACUGA